GCCCAGUGCAGGCGCCACCAUCGUUCUCCCUCCUCAGGGGCGCGAUAGCGGAGCACGCAAAAACCCUAGCCGAGAGAGGCGAAGACGACGCUAUAGCCAUGAAGGAUUCAAAGGAGAAAAGCGGGGCUACGGAGAAUAAGAAGACGACGAAGGAGGAGGACGAAGGAGGAAGAGGAGGAGUGUUCGCUUCGUGCUCCUUCUCCGAUCUCGGCCUCGACCCCAAACUAUGCCAACAUCUCCAAGAUAAUAUGGGGUUCCAAGUCCCCACCCACAUCCAGGCACGGGCGAUCCCGGUCGUGAUCUCUGGACGCCAUGCACUUGUUAAUGCCGCUACGGGCACCGGGAAGACGAUUGUGUACCUCGCUCCAAUCGUCCAUCUCCUGCAGAUGCGUGAGCCCCGGAUCGAACGGUCGGAUGGAACUUUCGCAUUGGUGCUUGUGCCAACGCGAGAGCUAUGCAUGCAGGUUCAUGGAAUUGCACAGAAGUUGGUCCACCGUUUCCAUUGGAUAGUUCCAGGGUACAUCAUGGGUGGUGAGAACAGGGCAAAGGAGAAAGCCAGGCUGCGUAAAGGAAUAUCUAUUCUGAUUGCAACUCCUGGGCGCCUUUUAGAUCACCUGAAGAAUACCUCAUCGUUUGUGUAUACGAAUUUGCGUUGGAUAGUCUUUGAUGAAGCUGACAGGAUUCUUGAACUGGGCUUUGGAAAAGCUAUAGAAGAAAUACUUGAAUUUUUGGGUUCAAGGAAAAAUGAUUUUGACCGCGAAGUGGAUAAUGGAAAGUUACCUCCAAGAGCUGCAAGGCAGAAUAUUCUUCUCUCUGCAACUUUGACAGAAAAGGUUAAUCAGUUUGCUAAUAUCAGCUUGGAUAACCCAGUUAUGGUUGGUCUGGAUGAUAAGAAGAUCACUUCUGGGCCACAAAAUCUGCUAGGUGGAAAUCUCACUUUAAGGUCUGAAGGGUGUGGAAGUCUAGAAAAGCACAAUACAUUCCCAAGCCAUCCAGUUGAAAAUUACAAUCUUCCUGCUCAAUUGAUUCAGAGAUAUGUUAAAGUGUCAUGUGGUUCACGACUUGUGGUACUCCUGUCCAUUCUUCGAACUCUCUUUGACAGAGAAAUCUCUCAAAAGAUUGUGGUUUUCCUUUCGACGUGUGAUGCAGUGGAUUUCCACUAUAUGCUCCUAAGCGAAUUCCAGUGGGGCUCUGAGAUGCACUCAGAAGCAAAUCAAAAGCAGAAAUUCCUUGGAUGCAAGGUUUUUCAUUUACAUGGAAAUAUGAAACAUGAAGAUAGGGGAAAAGCAUUUGAAGGCUUCAUUUCUGAAAAAUCUGCACUGUUGCUCUGCACUGAUGUUGCCGCAAGGGGUUUGGAUUUUCCGAAAGUCAGGUGUAUAAUUCAGUAUGAUUCACCAGGGGAGGCUUCUGAAUAUGUGCAUAGGGUUGGAAGAACUGCUCGUUUAGGCGAGAAAGGAGAGGCUUUACUCUUUCUUCAGCCUGUUGAAAUUGACUAUCUGCAUGAUUUGGAGCGGCACAGUGUGUCCUUGAAAGAAUACCCUCUUCAAAAGGUUUUAGACAGCUUUCCCUUGUAUGGUCAGAAACAUCACAAGAAAUUGAUAUCUUUAGACACACAUCCGUGGGUAUUAUUUUUGCAGAGAGCACUUGAACGUUUUGUUCUCACAGAGCCCAAGUUAAUGAAGCGGGCGAGGGACGCAUUCUGUUCAUGGGUUCGUGCGUACACAGCUCACCGUGGGGAGUUGAAGAAGAUCUUCAUGGUGAAGAAGCUCCAUCUAGGGCAUGUGGCGAGAAGCUUUGGCUUGAAAGAACAGCCUUCUUUGGUCGGUAGGUCGUUCCAGAUGCAAGCGAAGAAGAAGAGAAAGAGAGAGCAUCGGAAAGACAAAACAUCAGUUAAGAAAAGACAAGUACUCUCCACAAAGCCCAAGGGAUGAUCCCUUUUUUUUUCUGAGAACAGCCAUGCCUAUCGUAAUUAAUACAUAUAGGCGCGUGAAAUUAUUUUUCCUUGGCUUUUAUGACAAGAUGCCUGUGUCAGAUUUGGGAGCUGCAGGAACCAUGGCUCAAACACACAAAACUCUUUUCUUCUGAAUGCAGUCAUCCAGGUCAUGACGAUACUGCUGCCAGAAUUUUACUGGACAAUUGAAGGUCCGGCAAGGGGGCUGCUGUUGUGCUCAACCACCUGAUGAGAAUGAACUAACUUAUAUAGAGAUAUAGGACAUUGUCUUAAUCUUAAAUGAAUUUUUGUACCAUUAUAUAGUGAAGCUGUAUGAUUAGCUGACAUGUAAUAGCUUGAUAAAAAUUUUGAUCAUUUUGAGAUUUUUGCGAAGGAUGCCGGAUUGAUGAGGAAUUAUUGUCUGCACGCUAAGGUAUGCCAGUGCAGCGCCCCAACCAUUUGCCUUCCAUAAGUGGUUGCAGUUUUGUUCCGUUUUAAAUUUUUCAUUUACGAAAUGACGUACUUUUUGCAAGAAAAUCUUGCGAUUGAAUUUGA